ACUGCCGAAGCAGAAAAAAUAAAAUCACCCUUGACGGAAAAAAAAUUAGACUAUCAGCCAAAGAUUACCAAGACUGAGCCAAUGACCCCGAUGAGUGAAAAGAUGCCAGUGGCGAAUAGAAUAAUUAAAAGAGGGGAAGUUUAUUACACCAAUUUAGAUGAUGCCCAAGGACACGAGCAAAAAAACGAUAAAGAUACUAAACGGCGUUUAGUAGUGGUAGUUUCUAAUAAUAAGCAAAACGAACAAAAUAAAGUAGUAGUGAUUAUUCCGUUUUCUAGCAAAGUUCAUAAUAUCAAACCGACUUUUCAAGUUCCAACCUAUUUUCAAGGCAAACCUGGCAAAGCCAAAUGUGAACAAGUGCGAGCAGUGGAUGUAGAAAGAUUGUUAGGAGCCAAGCAAGGCAAUUUAACUGAGAAAGAAAUGAAAAAUAUUGAUAAAAAAUUAUUGAUUGUUUUAGAUUUGGUGAAGUAUCUCGGCAAGCCUGGUGAAAGUAGAUGA